GUGUACGAGCCCGGAGGCGCGCCAGUAGCGGCGACAAGAGAACCAAUGCCACCAGAGAGCGAAGGGACCAAUAAGAGAGCGAUGGGCUGGAAGGACUGGGAAGGCUUGUCCCAUACAGGAAAGGACUCCCAGCGCGCCACUUAACGCGGCCCAAGAGCCGCUCCCAAUGACCAAUCACCGCCCGUUAAUUAGUCCGUGAGGGCGGGGGUACCUGAGAGUAGCAGAGCCAGUGAGUGGCACUCCUUUCCAGCAGAUGUUUUUCUAUACUGGUUCCGGGGAGCUGGGGGUAGAUUACAGUCAGGUUCAGACAGUUGGCUACUUUUCCCUGUUCAGCGUACGCUGUAAGAAGUUCCGGGAGAGACGGAGUGCGGCGAGUGAUUAGGGGCCGUGGAGGAGGAUAUUGACCUACAGGCAGGGGCGAUAGUGAGUGAAAGAGAGAAACUCUUGUGAAGUCAGACAAAGGGGUGUUGUGACCCCCUCCCUGGAGGGGCGGCCAGUCUGAGCACUUGUUCAUUGUGUGUGUGUGUGUGACCUGAGGAGACUAACAAUUUGGAUGCCGAGUGUGAGGUCGGGGCCGGCGGCGGAUUGACUUCACUUCUACUAGUGGCUGAUUUGCUCGCUCGCAACUGGGGCGGGCUGACUACAAGGCACGGGGGGUGCCAGCUGUUCGGACUUUUCCCCGGGGAUGUUUCAUUGCAUCCCGCUGUGGCGGUGUAACCGUCAUGUGGAGUCCGUGGAUAAGACACACUGCUCGCUGCUCGCGGUCCCGGAGGAGAUCUAUAGGUACAGCCGGAGUCUGGAGGAGCUGCUCCUGGACGCCAACCAGCUCAGGGAACUCCCCAAGCAAUUUUUCCAACUUGUGCAGUUAAGAAAAUUGGGCCUUAGCGACAAUGAAAUACAACGGCUUCCUCCAGAGAUAGCAAACUUUAUGCAGUUGGUAGAGCUAGAUUUAUCUCGAAAUGAAAUUCCUGAAAUUCCUGAAAGCAUCUCAUUUUGCAAAGCACUCCAAGUAGCUGAUUUUAGUGGAAAUCCACUUACCAGGUUGCCUGAAAGUUUUCCUGACCUUUCAAGCCUUAUUUGCCUUUCAAUUAAUGACAUCUCACUUCAGGUGCUCCCAGAAAAUAUAGGAAAAUUAGCAAGAAACCUCUUAUGGGAUGUCCGGUACAGGCAGCAAAGUCGUUGUGGUUCAAUCGAAGUGUUGGUGUUGAGUUUAUCCAACCUGGUGUCUCUCGAGCUAAGAGAAAACUUGUUAACAUUUUUACCAGAAUCUCUUGCACAACUGCAUAGAUUAGAAGAGCUUGAUGUAGGAAACAAUGAACUUUAUGAUUUGCCAGAGACAAUUGGAUCAUUAUAUAAACUGAAGGACCUUUGGCUCGAUGGAAAUCAGCUUGCAGAUUUACCUCCGGAAAUAGGAAAUCUCAAAAAUCUUCUUUGUUUGGAUCUGUCUGAAAAUAAACUGGAAAGGCUUCCUGAAGAGAUCAGUGGAUUGAAGUCACUCACAGAUCUUUUAGUGUCCCAUAAUUCUAUUGAGGUUUUGCCUGAUGGCAUUGGGAAAUUAAAAAAUCUGUCUAUCCUUAAAGUCGAUCAGAAUCGUCUAAUGCAGUUAACCGAUUGCAUAGGAGAAUGUGAAAGCCUCACAGAAGUAAUCCUUACAGAAAACCAACUCUUGGUAUUACCAAGAAGCAUUGGGAAAUUAAAGAAGCUCUGCAAUUUAAACAUAGAUAGGAAUAAAUUAAUGUCUUUGCCAAAUGAGAUCGGUGGUUGCUGCAGUCUUAAUGUAUUUUGUGUGCGUGAAAACAGAUUGUCUAGACUUCCCUCUGAAAUUGCACAGGCUACUGAACUACAUGUCUUGGAUGUUGCUGGAAACAGAUUGACUCAUUUACCAUUAUCACUGACCUCACUGAAGUUAAAAGCGUUAUGGUUGUCCGACAACCAGUCUCAGCCUCUGCUCACUUUUCAAACUGAUGUCGAGCCUGAGACUGGUGAGAAAAUCUUGACGUGUGUACUAUUACCACAGAUGCCUUCUGAGCCCAAUGGCCAAGACAAUUUACCAAGAUGUGGGGCCUUUGAAAGUUUGACAAAUGACAUGUCAGAUGACACCUGGAAUGACAAAGCCAUGAACAGAAUAAGUGCCAUACGAUUUUUAGAUGACACAAAGGAAGAAGAUGAUGAUGAAAUGGCAACUUUGUUGAGAAAGGCCACUCCUCACCCCGGGGAACUUAAAAACAUGAAAAAGACUGUGGAGAACAUACGUUUGAACCUGAAUGCUGCUAAAGGACUGGAUUCUAACAAAAAUGAGGUCAAUAAUGCCACUGACAGAGUGACCACGUCUGUGUAGAGUUCCACUUCCAUAUCUUACCUCCUGUGUCUUCCCUGCUGUUGAAAUGUCCCUCUACUUCCAGGAUCACAUCCAUCCCUUUGUUUUUACCAGAACGUGAUUCAUCACCUUUCCCUUGUUACCUUGUUGAGGUGCUGCUGGACAGAAGUGCCUUAUUUCAGUCAGAUGCUUGCACCUGUGAUCUCUAAAUUAAUGCUGUAAUUUUAUAUUUUACCAAUCGUGUUUUUAAUAAGUGGUACACACUACUGCAUAUUUUUAAUUCUUUUACUUGGUGAAUAUAUCUUUUAUUUUUUAAAUGCUGGGAUAUUUUGCGACCAGUUACUUUUUCAACACACUGGUUAAAAUGAUAUAGUUUAAUGUGAAAAUUAUAUUUUUUUUCUUACUUUUUGGCAGCUUAAGGGUCUGGCCACACAAGCAGAUUUGGGGAGAUGAGUCGCCCCAGCGACAAAUCUCCUCUUCUUCGGGGCGACAAUCUCCCCAAACUGCCUUCCCCCUGCCCUCCACCUGGGGGAAGGCACAUGCAGCGCUUUGUUUUCCGAAGUUGCCUCACGAGGAAACUUCGGGCAACUGCGGAUAUCUAAGCGCUGCGAGUGCAUUGCCGCAGGCGAUUUUCAUUUUAGCCAGUGGAGAGCAGGGGGAAGGCAAUUUGGGGAGAUUGUCACCCUGAAGAAGAGGAGAUUUGUCGCUGGGGCGACUAAUCCCCCUGAAUCUGCUCAUGCGGCCAGGCCCUAACUGGUGUACAAUAUAAUUAUAACUGUAUAGGAGCUUGAAAAUGUGGUUUGUUUUUUGAAUAGAGCAUAAUGGAUGGUACAUAUUUCAUUAGUUGUAAUUUGUUUAUGGCACUGAUUCAAGAAGUAUGUUUAUUUUAUGUGCACCCCUCAGUUGUGCCUUGAAGCUGUAGUUCACUUUAAACAUUUUUUGUAUAGAACAUGAUAUUAUAAGCCUUUUUUUUUCUUAGUUUUUUUUUUUAAACUUUUUCGGGAAUAUAAACUGUUAUCGGGUUGCUAGUGCUUAAUUACCCUGUUAAUGAGGCAUACAUUUGCAAGGCCAGUGAAAAGAAGCAUAGAUGAGGGUCUGAAGAGAAAGAAAAGCAAUUUAUUAAAUAAAACAAUAAAUGUGAAGCAUCAUAAUUUAACAGGUUUUUUUGGUUGCUGGCUUGAGAAUCCUGGACCAACCAUAUAUCUUUUUCAUCUGCAGACUGGAAAGGUAGGCAACCUUAUAAGAAAAAGAAAUGACCUGUUGAAAAAAGUGCUUGAAAUAGUUCCAUCUCUAACAUAAUAAAGGUUAUAGAAGACUUUAACUUUUUAAGCGAAGUAUCAAGGCAGAUAUAUGGGGAGUUUCAAGGUGUGUCAUAUAGGAAGGGCUAAAAUGUUGGUUACAUGUUAAAAGCUGCUGUUUUCCAAUUCUAAAACAAAUGUGAUGCACUGUUGGGUCUAUGUAUGGCAGCUUAAGAGAAAGCUACAGAUAUAUGUAAUUCAGAAAGAGUUUGAGGCUUGUGAACUCUCUAAUGUGAUUUAAGGAUUCCCUUGAUAUUUAAACCUUUUAAUGAAGCGCUAACUCAUAUCAGCCUUAAGUGGUGGUGCCUUUAGCAAUGUUUUGAGAUUAUUGUUUAAACAAUAAUAAAACAAAGUAUGGAGCUUAUCCUGUGAGUGAUCAUGAGACCAAACAUUUAAUUUUUACACCCACACACUACCAUUUUAAAUGGGUUGAGUAGAACAUAUACCUUCUAAUGCAAUAAUAGGUUCUGUUCAUUGGCAGCUCAUGCUUUGCUUUCUUUAAUGUGAAUAUACUGUGUAUAAAUGGGGCCAGCAGAAUGAUUGAUGUGUUGCACAGAAAAUUAUAUUUAACAAAAUGGUUUUGUGUCCUAAUAAUAAAAAAUGGAAAAAAGAAA